UGGAGCGAAGGAAUUCAGUUCAAAAGAAAAAACCUACCAGGAAGUUCACAAGAGGAGGAAACCUGUUGGGUUCGUCGGACCAUCAGGCUUUCAGGACUUAUGAACAACUUUUAAAACGUUUUAAGUAACAGCGUCAGCUUUAGACAAAGUUGAUACAUCGAGCAGUUGUCGGAGGGUUUUGUUUCCAACAAGAUGGACAUUGAUCCGGAGCAGGGAGGAGUGGAGGCAGCACCGGAGUCCAAGGACAAGGUGCAGACGUUGAAGGAUCAGGUAGAUGGAGUGAAAAACAUCAUGACACAGAACGUGGACAGAAUCCUGGCCCGAGGAGAGAGGCUGGAUGACCUCAUGGGCAAGUCAGAGGAUCUACAAGCAGGGGCUCAGCACUUCAAGCAGACGUCUCAGAAAGUGGCUCGCUCCUACUGGUGGAAGAACGUCAAGCUGAUCGUGGUCAUCGUGGUGAUCGUCCUCGUCAUCGUGCUCAUCAUCAUCCUGCUGGCCACUGGAGUCAUCCCUGUUAGCGCCCCCGUGCCUCCUGUAGUCCCCUCCCCCACCAUCAAGCCCUAAAAACACACACACACACACACACACACACACACACCAUGUACAUACAGACACGAUUAAAUCUUCAACAAACACAUUCCUGUUGCACAAAGUUAUAUAUCGACUCCAGCCAAUCACUGAUGUCUGGUGAAGAACAUUGAAUACUUACUUUCUCGCUGUAACUUUCAGGAAUUCAGAUAUUUCAUUCUUUGGUUUAAGGCACUUUAUUGACACACAAGCUUUUGAAACCCUUUUAAACAACUCCAACAGCUGUUUGUGCAUUAGUGAGAAUUCUCUGGAAAGUCUGAGGUCUUCACUUGACCGCAGCAAACACACAGUCACUGCUCUCAAAGGACGCUUCAUUCCACCUCAGCCAGCUCCUCUUUGUUUAACUGAUUUAUCAUCAACGGUUAUUUGAUUCUGACAAGAGCAAGUACCUUGAAUGUUUAUACACAGAAAGAAUGAAUGUGGGUUCCUUCGGUCUCUUGACUUUGCAUUAAGUGAAAUGUUUUUGCUUAUACGCGUCUUUACCAAGGACAGCUUGAGCAGUUUAAAUUAUGACAAACUGUGUCUAAAGGAAGUCAGGCAACAUAUUUUGACUUUUUUUUUUUUAACAUUGAAAAAUGCACUCAAAACUAACAGUCUGAGGUCACAUUAUAUUUAAUGGAAGGUUGAACUAGGUAUUGGAAUUUGUAUGUUACCAAUUGUGGGCUCAUUCAUAGUUUCUGAUAGAGAUUCAGACAAUCUUGGAAAACAAUUGUUGAUUGAAUGUAUGCACUUAGCACUGCUUUAGUUCUUCAGCGCUGUAAUCGGUGUUUGUGGAGACGGUUAUGAAACUAUUUUAUGCACAGAGAAGCAUCUGUUACAGGAGAACAGUGAACUGUGUCGGGAUUCAAAAUAUCUGCAGUAAGUAGAACACCCAGGAGUGUGUCUCUACAUGUACAUCUGCCUUUAAGUUGAGCCGUAAAACUCAACUGAUGACAAGACAUGCAGUUAUGUGGUUGUGAAAUGUAGAAAUAUGUGUUUCUUAAGGUACUGUGCAACAACAUCAGCCUUUUUAGUAUGAUCAUGUUAAUUAUUUCCUUACAGUGUGUAUAUUUUUUCUGACAUACCACUUUGAUCGUUUAUUUGAAUAAACGCACCACCACACUCAUGUCAGUGUUGGAGGAUCUUCCUGCCAACCAGCUUGGAGAGAUCACUUACUGAUACAAAGCUCCUCCUGCUGGGCUCAUGUCAGCCAAUUGGCCCUCACAAUCAGAACUGGAAAAUGAAAUUCCAAAAUGUGGCCUUUUUUUUUUCCAGAAUACUAGUCAAAAGAUCUCGUGUGUCUCACCUCUCACAGCUGUUACGGACCAGUUUAGCUUCAAAGAGGUCAAAAUGCUUCCAAUUCUGAUCUGUAUAUAGUCAUACCCUCACCUAUAUGUAUAUUUGCUACACCUUAACCAACAUGUUAAUAAAAGUGUCUAUUCCUUACAGGCUAUUAAUUUAAUGAUUAACGUUUUAAUUAAAAAUGGACCAAUAAAUGCUGAAUGUGAUUUCUGUAUAAAUUGAUUAAUUUUAAAAUGGUACAGUCCAGUUAGUCUGCUGUUGAUCUUUUUCUCUCUCUUUUUUUUUUUGAGUAGGGUUAAAAGGAGAUUGUGUUGGAACAAAUUCUCCUGUGUGUCGUUUCUGUGUAUUUUUGAACAUGCUCCUGGGAUGCAGUAGUCUCUGAUAUGUUGUAGCCUCCUGCUGACCUGAUCAAUAUGGCAGCAGGAACACAGUCUUAUUUGUAUUCAUAGAGGCUCCAGCUACAGCAGGUCUGUCACUGUGUGAGACUGUUUUUAGAAUAUGUAUUCUACAAACGGACAACAUACCAGACUCCUGCUCAGCAGCUCUGUAAUGUAGCUCAGUGUUUGAUUAGCAGAGUUCUUAUUCAUAUGACUUAUGGUAUUUAAUGGUUUUGAUGGUCUGAUAUGAAAUAAAUAGUAUUUACUUCUGC